AUGCAACUCCCACGACGGCGAGUCCUCCUCUCCGUCCUAGCGACUCUCGUCCUCUCGUAUCAUGCGACGACGACACCGGCGGCGGCAACCGUGGCAACCUGCGCGCCCAAGACGUGCGGCAACAUCACCCUGAGCUACCCGUUCUGGGUCACGGACGCCGCGCAGCCAUCGACACCGUGCGGCCCGCCGGCGUUCCAGGUGGACUGCGUGGCCGGCGGGCGGGCCUCUCUCUCCCGCUCCUUCCGCGGCGGCUACAAGCUCCUCCGCGUCUCCUACGCGGACCGCACCGUGGUCGUCGCCAACGACAACGUGCAGACGAACGCCAGCGGCUGCCCCGUGCCCACCAUCGACGUCUCCGCCAGCCUCAGCCUCGCGCCCUUCUCCGCCAGCGCCGCCGCCAACCGGGCGGUGGCGGGGAGGUGUAGCUACGCGGUGGUGCCGGUGGUCGGCUCGUUGUCGCCGGGCGGGAGUGCUGGCGCGGAGUACCCGCGGCUGCUCCGGGAAGGGUACGUGCUGGAGUGGAGGGCGUCGGCCGGUGACUGUGGAGCCUGCAGCGCCAGCGGCGGCCAGUGCGGGUACGACUCCAACGCCGACGCGUUCGCCUGCGUUUGCGCCGACGGCUCGUCGCACCCGGCGAGAUGCAUAUCGUUGUCGAUCACAUUUGGCUUGCUGCUGGCCUGCCUUGUCACCGCCUUGAAGUUCCACCGACGAAUUCGAAGCUUUAGUUAUUCCACCAUCAUGGACAGAAAAACCAUCCGUGCUGACAACGCAAACGUUGAAAAGCUGCUGAAAAAGUACGGGUCUCUGGCACCUAGGAGGUACCGGUACUGUGAGCUGAAGAAGAUAACCAACUCCUUCAAAUUCAAGCUUGGCGAAGGUGGCUACGGCACGGUGUACAGUGGCACCCUGCCCGGCGACCACCGGAAGGUUGCCGUCAAGUUUCUGCACCACUCCGGGCCCAAGGGCGAGGAGUUCCUGAAUGAGGUGAUCAGCAUUGGCAGGACGUCCCACGUCAACAUCGUUAGCUUGCUUGGGUUCUGCCUCGAGGGAUCCAAGCGCGCCCUCGUCUACGAGCAAAUGCCCAAUGGCUCCCUUGACAAGUACAUUUACUCCGCACCGUCAUCGACAACGCCGGCACCGGUGAAGAGCCUCGGGUGGGAGACGCUGCAGGAGAUCGCAUUGGGCGUGGCGAGGGGGCUGGAGUACCUGCACGAAGGUUGCAACACGCGGAUCAUCCACUUUGAUGUGAAGCCCCACAACGUGCUGCUAGACGAGGGGUUCCGGCCCAAGGUGGCCGAUUUCGGGAUGGCCAAGCUAUGUGACCCCAAGGAGAGCAUCCUGACCAUGGCCGACGCGAGGGGCACCGUGGGGUUCAUUGCACCGGAGGUGUUCUCACGAGGGUUCGGGGUCGUGUCGGCAAAGUCAGACGUGUACAGCUACGGAAUGCUGCUGCUGGAGAUGGUAGGCGGACGAAGCAACGUGAAGGCCUUCGCCGCCGAGAAGGAGGCCGACCUGUUCUUCCCGCUCUGGAUCUAUGACUACAUGGGGGAGACGAUCGCGAGGAAGAUGGCGAUGGUCGGGCUGUGGUGCAUUCAGACCGUCCCGGCGAACCGGCCGUCGAUGAGCAGGGUGCUGGAGAUGCUGGAGAGGAGCAUUCAUGAGCUCCCCAUGCCACCGAGGCCGUACCACCCGUCUUCUCCUUCCUUCUCUCCUUCGAUGUCGCACUCGCUGCCGUCUAGCUACCCGUCUUCUACCUCCGGCUUCACACAACGAUCAAGACCGCUUACACCGGAGAGCACAGUGUAAUUGAAAGAUUGUUUUGGAUAAUCAAACAAAGAAGCAAAGGGUCAGAUAAACUGAAGAUAACUCAAGUAUUCUACACCACUGACAAGAUUAUUGGCCUGGUG